AUGAGAAGCCUCGCCUCGCCAUACCCAGUCGAUCGAUAUUUGGUUGAGAGCAGCAAAAAGUUUGAAAUGGUUAAUAUCAUAGAUGACGAUAUAUGGAACACAGAGCCAGCAUUAAAACCAGAAGAUGAAGUAAUAUUAAGGAAACUCCAUGAUACGCUGCAAUCGACUGCGGAUGACCUGAAGCUACUCUCCGGGGAAUUGACCAAAUUUCGUGAGCCAGGCGUGCAAGUCAAAACUGCUCCUACGCCAUUAGACGAGGAAUUCAAUGAGAAAGUUCAUAUUGAGGAAAUUGUAAAUGCCAAAUUUCACGGGUACAAAAUUAUUGAUAAAUCAGCUUCAUACGUGCCUGAAAAUAAGCCUAAAAAAGAUACAACAGACAAACCUUCGGCUGAUUCAAAAUAUCACAAAACUUCUAACAUUAAUGCUCCUGUAAAUGUUGAAAAAGUAAAUAAAAAGCCUAUUAUUAAUAAAAACUUAGGAAUAACUCGAACUAAAGUAAUACAAAUAAGUGGUGAUACAAGUAGCACAAAGACUGAAAAGCUUAAUAAUGGUACAGUACUAAGUGCACCAACUGUUGCAUAUAAUGAAUAUUCUUAUGUGUACGUAGAACCAAAAACUAAAACGUCUAGCAAAAAAUUGCAAAUUCAGGAAAUGCCAAGCAUAAACAUUAGAAGUGAACUUAAAGAGCAGAAAGUUUUACAGUUAGAUAUUAUGCCAGAAGUGGCAAAACUUAACACACCUGAAACAGUUAAAAACAACGUUACUGUAGUAGCAAUACACCAUGAGCCAUGUAAGCCCGUACAAACAGAGUCUACUAUGAGCCUCCGAGACGAAACACUACGACACCACUCGAGUCAACCGGUUACAUCUAGGAAAGUAUUUAAAAUGUCAACAUGCGACAGUAGUGGUUCCACUAACAAUAUUAGUUCCGACACUAAAAUCAAGCUAAAAACACAAAAACGUAUCCUGACAAACAUUAGAACUUCACCGAAAAUGUCAGCUCGUAAUGAUCGUAAGAAAAAGAAUAUCAAAAAAGAACCUGAACAAAGAGCACACUUGAAUAUGGAUGAAUGGCGAAAAAAACUGAAUAGUGUAUAUGGGGCAACAUGUUCUAAAAAAUCCAAGUCGCCUCAAAAUAAAAGUAGUACCUUAAAGAAAUCAAAUAAUCAACAGGAAAAUAAGACUAAACCAAAUAAUUUGAACAAUACCGAGUACAUACCAUACUCAAAAUUAACUGUAGGAGGAGCGAGAGCUAGUGACAUUGAACGAGAAAUAUCUGAUAUUCCUAACAAGAAGGAUAUACCAUUAAGUCCUAUUUUAGAUAGAAUAUUAACUAGUAGAGAAAAUUCAUUCAGCUUGAAUAGCUGCCAACCAAAUGAUAAAGCAAAUAUUUUCACUACAUCUGAUGAAAAUUUAUUGCAAGAGGUGAUUGAUAUAGAGAAAACUGUAAGCGAGACUCUGUCAAAAAAUCUAAACAAUAUCAAUACAAAAAUACAAGUAGAAGGAAGCGAAAGUGAUGAGGCGAAAGAAAAUGACAGUUAUGCUGAUGACUUUGAAGAAGAAAAAUCAGAUGGAUCUGGACAGUCGGGCAAUCGGAAAACAAACACUUCAAUAUCGAAUGAAGAUCAAAAGUCAUUUGACGAAGAAAAUUACACAUCGGAAAAUAAUGAUAGACAUAAAAGUGUUCAAAGAAUAACUCGAAAACCAAUCUCGAGUCCAUCACAUACGAAUAUUCAAUUAAACGAGACUUAUAAAAAAGCUUCCAAUUUAUCUUUCAAGAAUAAAGUUGAUGUAUUUGAAUAUGUACACUCUGUCGAUACUCAGGAUUCUGCCACACAAAGUAACACCGAACUGAAAUUAUCACGCAAAGAAACUCAAACGUCCCCAGUUAACGACAACAGCAUACAACCGAUACAUAACGAUCUUUGGCCAAGCAUAGAUCCUAAAGGUGAAGUGGAAAAAAUGUUUCAAAUGGAAAAAGAGUUUAUAAAAAAACUCAUCGUGGAGGAGUAUGGCGACAUACUAGAAAAGAAUAUAGACAAACCUUCGACUUCAAAAGAAGGUCAAAUAACCUUGAACGUAGCUGCAUCACAAAAAGACACUCAAACAUCUCCAGCACAUGUGAAGAACGUCAUGACUUCUCCCACAAAAACUAAGACUAGAACCACUUCGCCAUUUUCAAAGUUAACCGUCGACCAUCACACCAGCCCGUUAAUAUUUGUCGUUGAUGAAGAUGAUGUUAAAUUAGAAAUAGAAAACGAGGACGAACCAGGCAUUUCCAUAAACUUGUCAUCUCCAAGAUUUAGUUUGCGUUUGCCGCGAACUUCCAGAGAAGUUUUUUCUAAUUUAGGAAAUAGUGUGCCAAGAACAGCAAAACAAAGUGCUUCGAAAAUUAAAAAUGUUAAGAAAAAGAAUAUAACAACAAGUACAAGUUCUUUUGAAGCCGACUCUUCAGAGAUUAGUAGUUUAGGAGAAGUAAAACUUGCUAGAAAAUCAGGUAGAGCUAGGGUUGUUUCAGAAACUGAUUCGGUGUCAUCAUCUUCCAUGUCAGAAGUGCAUUCGGGGAUCUUACCUCUGAGGAGUGAAGGUGAAAUGAGCAUCAGUCAUAAACAAAAAUAUAAUAAGCAACACAAAAGCGAGGGGGAGGCUAGUGUUGGCCUGUUUUAA